AUGCCCGUCCCGGCCCCUUCCCUCAUCGACGCCGUCGUCGCCCGGCCCUGGCUGGCCCGCCUGCUCAAGCCCGUCGCCAACUGGUACGUCAAUGCCGCUGGCUACCGUCAGAUGGGUCUCCGCGCCGAUGACCUCAUCUGCGAGGAGGACGAGCGGGUUCUCAAGGCCCUGAAGCGGCUGUCACCCAAGGAGAACUACGACCGCGUCUAUCGCCUGCGCCGCGCCACCCAGCUCAGCCUGCAGCACAAGCUGCUGCCCAAGAACGAGUGGACCAAGCCCGAGGAAGACGUCCCGUACCUGACCCCCGUCCUCAAGCAGGUCGUCGCCGAGGAGAAGGAGCGUCACGCCCUCGAUACGCUGGAGGUCGUCCGGAGGAAGGGCCAGCACUAA